GCCGUCAUAGGUGAUGAAGAUUCUAGUUCGAUCAAACAUAUCAGGGAAAGAGUAAAUCCAAACAUAGUAAAAUUCUCUGACUUGGGACAUUUAAAAAGAACGAUAAGAGGUAAACUAGAAAAAUUGCACAAGUCGCAAAAAUCAUUAAGUGUCAAAGUGCGUGAGAGCUUUAUGAAAAAUUUUUCGUAUGCCGUGCAGCAAAAUAAAAAUAAAAGUGAAGAAGAAAUGAGAAAUGCUUUGCAAGCUAUAGUACCGCACAUGUAUGGAAACCACACACGGUGUGGUUCUUGGUGUAAGACUGGUGAAAACCACAACAGAAAGCACUCAAACUUACCUUAUGGUUGCGAUUUAACAGACAAUGAAUUGCGUAUACACCUGGAAAAUCUGUUGUCACCGUUCAUUUCAAAUUGCCAAAAGUUAAUGACAAGUGGUUCAACACAGGCAAAUGAGUCGUUGAACAAUAUUGCUUGGAGCAAAGCACCGAAGUCACGCAAUUAUAAUGCAAGUGAAAGUUUUGAUUAUAGGUGCGCAGCAGCCGUCUUGCAGUACAACGAAGGAGUUGAAUACAUAAAUAGAGUAAUAGAAAAGUCAAAUCUUACACCUCAGAGAGCGACAAAAUCCUACACUGUUGAAAAAGAUAAAAGGAGGUCAUACCUAAGAUUCUAUCAGAAAGAAAAAAGAGUGAAAAGACGACGACUAGAUUUGAAGAAAAGGCGAUUAUUUAGUGAGAAUGUUAGCGAAAUAAAAGAAGGACUGACUUACAAAAGUGACUGUGCCUGGAAAUAAACGAAGCAGAACUCGAUACUGCCGUAAUACCAGACGCUAAUGAGCAGAUGGAACCCUUGAAAAACUGUGACAUGGAGAAUUCUGUAAUUGUUUUCUAUGACAUUGAAACGACCUCUCUUGACGCAAGUGCGGAAAUUGUACAAUUGUCGGCCUGUACCGACAGUAGUUGUUUCAACCGGUACAUUUUGCCACACAGGGAUUUUAACCGUAAAUCAUCAGAAAUUACAGGUUUGACUGCUGAGAUGAUAAACGGACAUCGCAGCUUGUGCAAAGCAGGAAAGACACUACCCUCCACAACAUUACAUGCUGCUCUGAAUGAAUUCAUUGAUUGGCUCAAUUCCUUGAAGUAUGAAAAAGUAAUUUUAGCCGCUCAUAACGGAAAAUCAUUCGACAUGCGGCUUUUAAUCCAGGCUUUUCAAAAAGAAGGUAGACUGAACGCGCUCUCUGUCUCUGUGUAUGGAUUUGUAGACACACUACAUAUGUUUAGAUCCGUAAGGAAAGACAAGCAGUCAUUAUCA